AAAAAGGUUUUAAAUAUUUGUUUCAUGGAUACAUCAUUAAUUUGAUUGUGAAUAAAAAGUUAAAAAUUUCCCUGAAACAUUUGGUUACGUUGAAGAAAUGAGUGCAGCAAUAGUUAGGCAAGCUUUAGAGUUUGUGGACCCCUCUUUUAAAGUGGUUUCAGGAAAGAAAAAAUCUAAAGCAAAAAAAGGCAAGGAAGUUUUUGACCUUAUAUCCGACAAUCAAAAAUUAUUUAUCAAAAGGAAUCACAAUAAAAAGAAAGCUGAAAAGGUUAAUUUACUAUCAACAAGUACAAAAUACACAGUUGUAGAAGCUAAAAAACUACAUAAAUCAAAAGAGCAAAGAAUAAAAGAAAAUUUGAAGAAGCUGAAGUUAAUAAGAAAAGCAUGUACUAUUGAAUUAGAUAGAAUCACCACCAAACAGAUUAUUGAUAGAGGUAUCACAAAGAGACCAGUUAAAGCAAGACCAAAGUCAAAACCUGUUAAAAAGACUGCAUUUACUGAAGAAGAUUUCAAGAAGUUUGAAGAGGAAUAUGCUGGAUAAAAUGGGAAUAUCAGAUAGAACUAUUGGCAUUAUCAAACUUACAUUAAGCAUAAGUUUUUUAGUAUAUUUAUUUUUACUAAUAAUAAUAAUUCCCAUACUACCAG